GCGCACCGUGAGUGCUACGUCACUAAAGGUGGCGCAUCCACUUACGACGUCGCCGACAGCAGCGCAUGCGCGGCGGUUGCUGGGCGCCGCCAUGGAGCGGCUGCGGGAGGAGAUCGAUCGGAAACGGCGGCAGGUGGACGGUCUGUCGGAAUCGAAAAAAUACUUUAAACGUAGUGACCUAACCAGGAAAGAAGAAGAGAAUUAUUUGGAAAGAUGUGGCUACAAGGUUCAAGCACAAACCAGUGAGCAGGAUGAGUCCUCAUCGUCACAUCCAAGAGUUGAACUGGGACUUACCGAGGAGAAGCUGCCUAUGACUCUCUCCAGACAAGAGGUGAUUCGAAGACUCCGUGAACGUGGAGAGCCAAUUCGCCUGUUUGCUGAAUCCGACUACGAAGCUUUCCAACGUCUUCGAAAAAUAGAAAUCCUAACUCCUGAGAUUAAUAAGGGUUUGCGGAAUGACUUGAAAACUGCCAUGGACAAGGUAGACCAGCAGAAUCUGAAUGAGUUUGCGGCUGGACAGGAGCAGGGUGAACAAGUGGAGCAGAAUGACCUGAAAAUUCAUGAAGAAAACACCACCAUAGAGGAGCUGGAGGCGUUGGGCGAGUCCUUGGGUCAAGAUAACGACUACAAAGACAUGGACAUCAUAACCAAAGUUCUCAGGUUUCUGCUGGAUGUUUGGGCUAAAGAUCUAAAUGCUAGAGAGGAUUAUUUGAAGGUCAGUGUACAAGGCAAACUGGCUGGGGCGACUCACAAGCAAACGGAAUCGUACUUAAAACCUCUCUUCAGGAAACUGCGGAAAAAGACCCUGCCUCAAGACAUCAAAGAAUCUAUAACUGAUAUCAUCAAGUUCAUGUUGCAGAGAGAAUAUGUCAAGGCGAACGAUGCUUACCUUCAGAUGGCCAUUGGCAACGCUCCCUGGCCCAUCGGAGUCACCAUGGUGGGAAUACACGCACGUACUGGUCGAGAAAAAAUCUUCUCCAAGCACGUGGCCCAUGUAUUAAACGAUGAAACGCAGCGGAAAUACAUUCAGGGGCUGAAGCGACUGAUGACCAUCUGUCAGAAGCAUUUUUCUACCGACCCGUCCAAGUGCGUGGAGUACAACGCUCUCUGAUCUGCGUGCUUCUGGACCGGGUACAAUAUGCUCACGAGUAAGAGAGUUGGGGCCAACAUGAACCAUAAACAAUAUAUCAUGUGCACCUAGUUAGUGCUUUGUACAUUUUCUUCAGAAAGGCAUCAAAACUCCAACGUUUCUCAACUGUUUGUUUAAUAUUAAAUAACUUGUAAACAUCUGUAUUCAAUUCUCUUCAAUUAGUCUUCGAGUAAUUCAAGACUUUUUUUAAUGUGGACAUAACUCACGCAGUAUUUUGGGGGUUGGGUGGGGAGGAUUAGCAAUUAGAAGCAGAGUUAUAUUAUUAUGUAUAUCGUUAUUAAAUAGUCUCCAUUUUUGUUCAGUUAGUUUUGGCUAAAUUUCACUUUUGUCCCUCCGCUACUGUCUACUAAUUGUACUUGCCUUGGUCGAUAGUUUUUGUAGCAUUGUAAUAUAAAACAUUUAUACGCUU